UUUUCUGCCCAUGUCGCCACAUAAAACUAUCAGAUGGUUAGAGGAAGGACAUGGAGGCAGCCACUUAGCUCUUAGUCUUAUCAAGAAAGACGGAGAGAGAGAGAGGAUCUGGUCCAUUCAAGCUGGCCUGGGAAGAAGGAAACCCUACUACUUCUUCUAUCUUGAGUUCACAGCACCAGAGAAGUGAACUUGCAGGACGACUCUCGGCGCUCUUCAGAGAAAAAAAAAUACUAAACGACACAAAGACACAGACUUCCAGCUGAAUUCCAACGCAGAAUUUGGACAGGAUGCCUAGACCCGGGAGAAACACGUACAGCGACCAGAAACCGCCGUACUCCUACAUUUCCCUCACCGCUAUGGCUAUCCAGGGCUGUCCGGAGAAGAUGCUUCCACUUAGCGAGAUCUACAAGUUUAUCAUGGACCGCUUUCCUUACUAUAGGGAAAACACCCAGCGCUGGCAGAACUCCCUUCGCCACAACCUCUCGUUCAACGACUGCUUCAUCAAAAUCCCCCGGCGCCCGGAUCAGCCCGGAAAGGGCAGCUUCUGGGCUCUCCAUCCCAGCUGUGGCGACAUGUUCGAGAACGGAAGUUUCCUGCGACGCCGCAAACGCUUCAAGUUGAUGACAUCAGAGCACCUGGUGCCCAGCAAGCCCUCGGACGCUGCCCACUACCUCCAGCAGCACGCCAAGCUCCGGCUCAGCGCCCUGGGCACCCACCUCCCCCAGAUGUCCAGCUACAACCUGGGAGUGUCCCAGCCGUCUACAUUCAAACACCCGUUCGCCAUUGAGAACAUCAUUGCCCGAGAGUACAAAGUGCCGGGAGGGCUGGCGUUCUCCACCGGGUAUCCCCUCCACAACCAGCUGACCACAGCCUGGCCCCAUAUGUACAGCACUAGCAUGAUGGACAGCGCGGCGACCAUCUCCAUGACCAGCAGCGAUUACAGUGCCUACGGUGUGCCCAUCAAGUCGCUUUGCCACGGCGGACAGACCUUACCGGCGAUCCCCGUCCCGAUCAAGCCCACGGCGUUGCCUCACCACAUCCCCGCUUUCCUGUCGAACUCCCCCCAGUCGCUGAGCCCGACUUCCCCGCAUACAGCGACCAGCCAAAGCAGCCCCGCCACCCCGAGCGAGACCCUGACGGGUCCCGCGUCGCUGCAGUCGGUCGCGGUGCACUGACACCUGCGAACUGGGCCUCCCGGUGGACACCUGUACUCCAAAGUUGAAUUUUAACUAUAGACCUUGAAAAAAACACUGGCUAUACAAUCAAGGCAAGAGCUAUCUAUGUUGCAGUGAUGUUAAUUUAUGUGUAUGUUGUUCAG